AUGUCUCACUUCGUGGUCUUGACUCUGGUCGCGCUGCUCUCUCUGUCCAGCCUGGACGCCGUGCAGCGACCUCCAAAUGUUCAAGUGUAUACUCGCUAUCCAGCAGAGAAUGGAAAGCCAAAUUUCUUGAAUUGCUAUGUGUCUGGCUUUCACCCACCUCAGAUUACAAUCGACUUAUACAAGAAUGGUGAGAAGAUCACAGAGAAAGUCGAACGGUCCGACUUAGCUUUCAGCAAGGAUUGGUCUUUCUAUCUCUUGGUCCACACUGAAUUCACCCCCAAUGACAAUGACGCAUACACUUGCCAUGUGGAGCAUGUUACUCUCAAGAAACCUAAGAUAGUUAAGUGGGGUGGGUGUUUGUGCCGCGACGUCCUUCUUGGUGGCUUUGACUCUGCUUGCUGGGUUGUUUCCGCCUACCUGGGCACGACUAUCGUGAGUGCUUCCUUUCCCUGCUUCUCCUUCUCUAUUCUUGGGUUCCUCCCUGGUCGUCGCCCUCAGUCCUCCUUCCUGGGCCCGGUUCGGUUAGUCCGGCUUUCAGUCCCGCUCAUUCCGGGCUGUGUCUGGAUCGAAAGCCGCCGAGAGGCCGGGACGUGGCGAGCCGCCGGGCCUCCUGCUUAG